AUGAACGAGAUGCUCGCAGUUAAACAACAGCUUAGAAAGCACAUGGGGCAGACCCUUGGCAAGAUUAGCAGGGAAGAGAUAAUAUCACAAAGCGAGUGUAUAAGAGAUAAUUUAAUGCCAAUUCUGGAAGGAAAACAAAAUGUAGCUUGCUAUAUGAGUAUGGACACUGGUGAAUUGGACACAGGAAAUAUUAUUGAGUCACUAUUUGAAGCUGGUAAAAAAGUUUACCUCCCAAGAUGUACACAUACAAAAUUAACAGGGCAUGUUCAACUUAGAAAUGACUCGAAGAAUCCUGGGAAUAUGAAAGAUCAUCCACAUCUUACAUUUCAUGAGAUGGACUCCCAUGACCAUGUCUUAAGUUUAAGUCCUAAAGGGAAGUAUAACUUAAAAGAACCUGACAUAGAGGAUGAGAAGUUAUCUCCUCUACCACCUAUGUUAGAUGCAAUUCUUGUCCCAGGAGUUGCUUUCACAAGUGGAUGUAGCAGAUUGGGCCAUGGAGCAGGUUACUACGAUGAUUUUUUCAGUAGAUAUAAGCUCCAGCAUAGUAACCAACUCCCUUUGCUUAUUGGUAUAGCACUGAAGCAACAAAUAGUAGAAGAUAUACCAAUGGAUGCACAUGACUAUUUUCUGGACUGCAUUCUUGUGGGGGAUGGUUCAAUACAUUGGCGCAAUAAACCUAUUACAAUGUAG